CAUUAUCGAGGGGUGUUUGUUGAUUCCGUUCUCUGGAUACUGUCUCACGUAUAACAAUGGCUGCGUAUAAACUUUACACGGUGUUUCUAUGUAUUUUACCCUUCCUAGUGAAGGGAAAUCUUAACGACAAUUACCAGCAUUUACUCGAAGGAAUCGAUUCUAUUACAGAAAUGGAAUUAGAGGUAUUUGGUAAUGAAACGAUUAUGGAUCAUUAUCGGAGGUUAAGACAACAUUUAACAGCAGAUUAUGACGUUAAUGCUCGCCCUGUUAAGUAUAAUACUAACGUCACAGAAGUUGAUGUGCACAUAGUUCCUUUCUCUAUCAUGAAUGUGGAUGAAGAGAAACAAACCAUGGAUUUCGAUUGUAUUAUCAUUCUACACUGGAGAGAUAUGCAUUUGAUUUGGAAAGAAAGAGAAUUUAAUAAUAUUUCAAUGAUAACUAUGCCACCAAAAUCUAUUUGGAAACCAGAUAUUUACGAAAUACAUUACGGUGGACCACAAAGUUCCAUUUCAGAAAUUAAUUCGACUGAUGUUGAGGUUUACUCUGAUGGAGACGUAUUCUGGGCCAUACCCACUUCAUUAAUUGGUAAAUGUUAUUUCAAUUAUGAUGAUUAUCCAUUGGAUGUAGCAAAAUGCAAAGUCAGUUUGGAAACUUGGACUAACAGAGGUAGUGAUGUCAAUUUGUUCAUUCCUAAUCCUGAACCGUAUCUGGAAUAUUUUAACAACGGUAAUCCUUAUUGGAAUAUGAAAGACUGUCAGAUAGAUAAAAGAGACAUGCAAUACCUAAAUAACUUUUAUCCAAUAGUAAAAUUGACAUUGUUACUUACAAGACGACAACCAAUUGCACAAUAUCAGUUACAGUGGAUAAUUUCUGUUAUUGUUGUAUUAUUGACUCUGUGUAUGUUUUGGAUUCCGGCAGACAUCAGGCAGAAACUAACAUUAGGAUGUGUGGUGAUGAUAAUAUUAACCGUUAGUCUUGUUACUAUCACAUCAACUGUAAAAGUACCUCAAGUCGCUGAACUUAUAGCUAAACCUAUUCACAACACAAUGUUCGUCGUCUUAGUGGCUAUUGUAUUCGAGGUCAUCAUCAUUAAUUUUCGAUACAUUCAAGACUAUGAACCGCCCGAAUUUAUCCUCAACAUAUUUUCAGGAACCAUUGCUAAAUUAUUAAUAAUUAAUUCAGUUCGCACGGAAGAGAAACCAAUGGACAAAAUGAAUUUGUACGAAAAUCAAGACGAAUUGGCUCCUCUUCAACGACUAACGAAAAACGAAAACUGGCAAAUAAUUGCUCAAAUUCUGGAUAGAAUAUUGUUCAUUUUUUAUGUACUAUUACUAUGUUCUAUACCUAAAACAAUAUAAACUUGAAUUUUGAUGACUUUAUUCAAAUUCAAACAUUGAAGAAUAUUAAAUAUAAUAGUGUGUGUAUACUAUUCAGUUUUCUUUAGUUUUAAAUUCACAGAAAAUUAUAAUACAAACGGGUCAGAUGGCCCAGACAAUUAAAGAGUAAGUUUACUGCUUUGAAUAACCGGAAUCGAAUCUGGUAGAGCAACCAGGGAAUUUUUCGUAGGUUGUUUUUCUUAAAAAUGCCUAAUCCCGUCCCAAGCCACCUGGCUGCCCCUAUUGUAGGCAUGGUGAAAUUCAUGAUGAGCAUGACUAAUAACUCAUCCAUAUUUUGCUAGAUAUGGAGUUUUCCAUGAUCCAUGAAAAACUCCAUAUUUUGCUAGCAGUCUCUAGCGGCCAACAUUAGUAAAUGUAACGAGAGUAAUUGCACCGAAACACACAAUAUGGCAAUGUUUUACAUGUGUCAUUCAUGAAUUCCAGUAUGUCUCCCAUGCAAUGAGUUACAACUAACAUAUCCUUGUAUGAAUACGUACACAUACCAGGCACACACACGUAAAUUAAAGUAUCGUUUAUAUGUUUCGCAUUUUCACAUUUAUUUUAAAAAGUCCUGGAAUUAUUACAAUGUUCAAUAUUAACAUAGAACUAAAGACUGUUAGUUUAUAUACGAAAAUUCAAAAAUAAAUUUAUAAAAAAGUACAAUUAUAAUCAUAUUACUAGGGCACCCGAGUCUUGACUAUGCAACAAUUACUUAGAAAUUUAUUACCCUUAAUCAGAUAUGAUCUUCCGAAAAGAUUAGAGUUUCUCGAAAGAAGAGUUGUAAAUGGAAUGCCGCUUAUUAUGUAUUUGAAUGUCUGGUCUAAAUUAUAAUGUUGUAUUCAGAAAAUUAAUGAUUUUAUUAGCUGUUUUACAUAAAUACACAUUUUAAUAAUAUGUAACGUAACGCGUUUGUAUAUACAGUACUGUAUACUCUUGUGUAUACUGUAUAUACGUUUCCAAAAUGCCUUAUAACAGUUUGCUGUGAUAUCUGUGUACUUAUGCAUGUAGAUGAGUGAGCCAUAAUAUAACUUGCAGUACUGUGUUGUUUGUGUUUUUCUGUUC